GACUACGCGUGGCAUGUGGAGGCACACCGAUGCCGCAUGCAGGGGGCGCCCUGAACAGUCAGAGUCCCCUUGUGGGGAGGAGUGUUCACCGCCACUGGUCAGACCCGGCAGCCAAUGCCCACGGGGACGGGGAGGGGACAGGCCUGACGAUGGCAGCACCCAUCGUCACGGCAACGGCCAUUGCUGAGGCUCUCUUAUCUGUGUGCGGGAGUGAGGAGGUCCAACUCAGCUGCAGAAGCUAUCAGGUGUUGCUCAAUUCACAUUCGUCUGCCUGGGACAAGUUAGCAGCAGAGUCUGACAUCAACGUCCUCACUCGUCUGCUCUGGUCAUGGAUUGAGCAUCUCAAUGAACCUGUUAUUAGGGAGCAGGAUCUGGUGAAGAUGGUGCAGUAUUAUGAUAAUCAUGUGAGAGCACUUCGCAGGUUAGACAAGGGAACUAAAAAUACAGUGGAAUUUCUAGUCUGCUUUCUUGCUAAACUUCAGCCAAUUCCAGACAGCUUACAUUUGAAGCUUUUGCACCGUUUGGUGGCAGCACUGAAGCAGGAUCCUGUACUUCCUCUUGAUCAAGUAGAAAAUCUGGUUGGAAGCACAGACCUGUUUACGAAUGAUAACUUUGAGAGAGCCGUACAAGGGAAGGUGCUUGUGAGAGCUGGAGUCAACAUUGACGUGCAGCACAGCAAGCUGCUCGCACUGUUUGCGCAGUGGCUGGCUAGCGUGAGGGUACAGUUACAACCCACAGCCUGCACAAAUUAGCAUGCAGCCGUGCAUCAUAGCAAGGUGCAGUUACAACCCGCAGCCUGUACAAAUUAACAUGCAGCCGUGCAUUGUAUGAAGGUGCAGCUACAACCCUCAGCCUGUGUGAACUAGCAUGCAGCCAUGCAGAUAGCCCUAACAGAUAGUGUCCUGCAGUGGGGGCAUGUUGAUCCCCUUCAGUGAGUUCUGUCCUUGACGGGGGAGUCGGGGGAGUCGCGCCACAACAACGUCGUGUCCCGAAACCCAGAAGGGUUCCGGAUCGCAAUCCAGGUCGUGGUGCAAGAAUUCCAGGUUGUACCCAGAAUCGGGAUGAAAUCGGACCUCCAGGACGAGAAUUCCUGCAUCGCGUCUGCGAUCGCGGCGGAAUCGGGUCCGAGCCGUGAGAACCCCAGCUGGAAUCCGUAAUCUGAACACGACCUUCCAGCGUAUACAAUUGAACAGGGGGCGUGGGUAGAUGCUGGGGUUUCCAGCGUAAAUAAUGAAACAGAGAUGGGUUAGGUACUACAAUCUUCCAGCGUAUACAAUUGAACAGGGGGCGUGGGUGUAUACUAUGGCUUUCCAGCGUAAACAAUUGAACAGGGGAGCGUGGGUAGGUGUUACUGGGUGUAGUUCAGGAGUAUGGGUCCUUCCUACUGUGCUCGCUGAUAGAACCUGACACACCUAGCUGACUGUUGUGACGCACACCUGACUGCAGGUGCCUUGUGUGCAUACACAAAACUGCUGUAUAUAGUAGAUCGCCGGUGUGAUGAUAUUGCUAGUUCGAGAAAGAUUUUUUUUUACGAUUGAAAAAUCAUGAUUAGCAGUUAUAUGUAGUGUGUCAUAUCACAAGACAGGGCUGCCAACAUUGGGUGAUAGGUGAGAGUGAGAUGCGAGGGAGCGAAGU